GCGAGGUUUACGACCUUUUAAGAGUGAAGCAGCAAUGGAAGGUGAAGGACAAAAUAUGAUUGAAAAAAAAGGAACUGACAAGGCGCACGGACCGACCGGUCUUUGUCUUAUGUCUGAAAGUCCUUACAGAAUUCUUAGGGCAGCUGAAAGUGGCAAUUUAGAAAUAUUUCAACGUUUAUAUUUCGCGGACACUACACGACUUACCAUCAAAGACCCAAGAGGAAGGACUGCAGCUCAUCAAGCAGCUGCCAGGAACAGAGUUAAUAUCUUACAAUUUAUAUUAGCUCAUGGAGGAGAUCUUAAUGAUCAAGAUAAUGCUGGAAACACGCCUCUUCAUAUUGCUGUAGAACACUCCGCUUUAGACGUCGUGGACUAUCUGCUGCAAAUGGAUGUUCGUACUGAUAUAUUAAAUGAAAAGAAACAGGCUCCUAUACAUUUAGCAACUGAAUUAGAUAAGGUAUCAGUUUUAGAAGUAAUGGGUAGGCAUAAAGAGAAAAUUGAAAUACAACUCGGUGGCGAACAUGGAAGAACCGCCUUACAUAUUGCUGCUAUUUAUGACCACGAGGAUUGUGCUAAAAUACUGAUAUCAGAAUUUGGAGCGUCGCCGAAGAAACCGUGCAAUAACGGAUACUACCCGGUCCACGAAGCCGCCAAAAACGCCUCGUCAAAAACUCUAGAAGUGUUCCUGCAGUGGGGCGAAUCUCGGGGCUGUUCCCGCGAAGAAAUGAUCUCGUUCUACGAUUCGGAAGGGAACGUACCCCUACAUUCGGCCGUCCACGGCGGCGACAUAAAAGCCGUCGAGCUGUGCCUCCGUUCCGGGGCCAAAAUCUCCACGCAACAACACGAUUUAUCAACCCCGGUGCAUUUGGCAUGUGCGCAAGGGGCCACCGAAAUCGUCAAGCUCAUGUUCAAAAUGCAACCGGACGAGAAAUUGGCCUGUUUGGCGUCCUGCGACGUCCAAAAGAUGACGCCGUUACACUGCGCCGCGAUGUUCGACCAUCCCGAUAUUGUCGAGUUUUUAAUAUCGGAAGGUGCCGACAUUAAUUGCAUGGAUAAAGAGAAACGAUCCCCUUUGUUGUUGGCUGCUCUGCGAGGUGGAUGGCGCACUGUACAUGCUUUAAUAAGACUCGGGGCUGAUAUCAAUAUCAAAGACGUUAACAGACGAAAUGUGCUUCAUUUAGUCGUAAUGAACGGUGGAAGGUUGGAGCAAUUUGCUGAAGAAGUAAGGAAGGCACAAUCGAGGGAAAAUCUUCUACAAUUAUUGAACGAAAAAGACAUAACUGGAUGUUCACCGUUACAUUAUGCUAGCAGAGAAGGUCACAUCAGAAGUAUUGAAAACUUAAUUCGUCUGGGGGCUUGCAUAAAUCUCAAGAAUAAUAACAAUGAGAGUCCGCUCCACUUUGCUGCUAGAUACGGCCGCUACAACACUGUGAAACAAUUACUCGACUCUGAAAAGGGAACGUUUAUAAUAAACGAAAGUGACGGUGAAGGACUCACGCCUUUGCAUAUAGCCUCCCAACAAGGACAUACUAGAGUGGUGCAGUUACUUUUAAAUAGGGGCGCAUUGCUGCAUCGUGACCACAAUGGACGAAACCCACUACAUUUGGCCGCGAUGAAUGGUUACACACAAACUAUUGAACUGUUAUUGUCAAUACAUUCUCAUUUACUGGACCAAACGGACAAAGAUGGGAACACUGCUUUACACUCUGCCACAAUGGAAAAUAGGCCAAGCGUUAUAUCACUUUUGCUCUCUAUGAACUGUAAGCUGUUGUAUAACAAAAUGGAUAUGAGUCCUAUAGAUUAUGCCUUUUAUUACAAGUUUCCAGAGUCUGCGUUAGCUAUGGUAACUCACGAAGAAAGAGGUUUAGAAAUAAUGUCACUGAAAUCAAGUAAAUACCCAUGUGUAACAUGUGCACUGAUUGCAUCCAUGCCCAGAGUUUUUGAAGCAGUUCAGGACAAAUGUAUAACAAAAGCUAAAUGUAAGAAGGAUUCAAAAUUAUUUUACGUUAAAUACAAUUUCAGUUGUUUGCAAUGUCCUCAAACUUUUGACGACAUUGACGGAAAACCUGGGGAGUCACUGUCAAUGGCCAAACGAAAGCCAUUACCUGCAUUAAAUUCUAUGGUGCUUCAUGGCAGAGUAGAAUUGUUGGCUCAUCCACUAAGUCAGAAAUAUCUUCAAAUGAAAUGGAAUUCUUACGGAAAAUAUUUCCAUCUUGCGAAUGUGCUAUUUUAUAGCAUUUAUUUGGCUUUUAUUACGUGUUUUUCGUCGCAGCUAAUGUGGCAUGAGGAAACCUUAAAUGUUACCAACUUAAAUCAUGCUGAUUAUCUGAGACUAAGCAAAGAAAACAUCUACAAAGUCAAAAUAACCCCAAUAAUGUACAUGAGUGCAAUGGCUAUAAUAACAUAUAUUGGCCUGAAUACUAUAAGGGAAUUAAUACAGCUAUAUCAACAGAAAUACAUGUACUUCAUGGAUCCUAUAAACCUGGUUACGUGGAUUUUAUAUUCUUCUGCAAUCGUUAUGGUGGUUCCAAUAUUUGGAGACCAAAUGUAUGACAUACAAUUUUCUUGCGCAUCAUUAACAGUAUUUUUAAGCUGGUUUAAUUUACUCCUGCUUCUACAAAGGUUCGAUCAAGUUGGAAUUUACGUCGUAAUGUUCUUGGAAAUAUUACAGACAUUGAUCAAAGUACUUAUGGUGUUUUCGAUAUUAAUCAUUGCGUUUGGAUUAGCGUUUUACAUCCUGCUUUCUAGAGGAGACCACCUUUCGUUCAAAUCAAUUCCGAUGUCAUUAAUUAGAACUUUCUCAAUGAUGCUUGGUGAAAUAGAUUUUUUGGGAACGUACGUCAGACCGUUUUACCUACAUUCAGAUGAAGAACGAUCCUUUUUACCAUUUCCUUUGCCCGCGUUCUUUAUUCUGGGGUUGUUUAUGGUGUUAAUGCCGAUCCUGUUAAUGAAUCUCUUAAUCGGUUUGGCUGUUGGAGACAUCGAAUCUGUGCGAAGAAAUGCACAAUUAAAAAGAUUAGCUAUGCAAGUUGUGCUGCACACUGAACUGGAAAGAAAAAUACCGCAGAUGCUUUUGGAAAAAGUAGACAAAUGUGAAUUAAUUGAAUAUCCCAAUGACGUGUGCAAAUUAGGGUUUUUGGACUCGAUUUUAAGAAAAUGGUUUGGUAAUCCGUUUUCCGAUGAAGGUUUGGACAUGCUAAUGGACAGUGGGGAAGACUACUUAGUUGAAGAAUUGGAAAAGACAAAGAAGAAACUACGCGACAUUUCGGCCACCUUGGAAACCCAACAUCAAUUUUUACGACUGAUUGUCCAGAAAAUGGAAAUAAAAACAGAAGCUGAUGACGUGGACGAAGGAAUAUCUCCAAACAAACUGAAUUCUCUUGGAAAAAGUAGCAAAUGGAGAUCUCCAAAAAUAAGGAAGAAGAUAAGUUCCGUUUUAAGUUUCAGCAAAGGCGGAAAUUAGAUUAU